CAGGCUGAGUGCUGACCCUGGGCACAUCUGCACAUGGGACAUGUGUGGAGACACAUGCAUACCUGUGUUCCUGACACCGCUGUAUGCAUGGCUGUGUGCCACAUGGACACAUGAUCAGAGCUGGGAUCCAGCUGUGGAGCCCUUGGGAACAGGCCCCAACUGCUGCCUGCUCUGACCAGAGUUGGGGGUCCACAUGGUUCAGGUGGUUGAGUAGUUCAUGCACCUGCUGGGGACAUGUGUGACUCCUUCCUCCUAUGUCCCCACAGCCUGCCCUCGGACAAGGACCCGAUGCCCAACCCCAGGCCAGCCAAGCCCUCAGCCCCUUCCUUGGCACCUGGCCCAUCCCCAGGAGCCUUGCCCAGCUGGAGGGCUGCACCCAAGGCUUCGGACCUGCUUGGGGCCAAGGGCCCGGGGGUGACCUUCCAGGGCCGGGACCUCCGAGGCGGGGCCCAUGCCUCCUCCUCUUUGAACCCCAUGCCACCAUCGCAGCUGCAGCUGCCCACAGUGCCCCUGGUCAUGGUGGCACCUUCUGGGGCACGGCUGAGCCCCUCGCCCCACUUGCAGGCGCUCCUCCAGGACAGGCCACACUUCAUGCACCAGCUCUCCACGGUGGGUACCCACACUCGGACCCCGGUGCUGCAGGUGCGCCCACUGGACAGCCCAGCUAUGAUCAGCCUGCCACCACCCACUGCUGCCACCAGCGUCUUCUCCCUCAAGGCCCGGCCAGGCCUGCCACCUGGGAUCAACGUAGCCAGCCUGGAGUGGGUGUCCAGGGAGCCAACACUGCUCUGCACCUUCCCAAGCCCCAGCACACCCAGGAAAGACAGCACCCUUCCGACCAUGCCCCAGGGCUCCUACUCGCUGCUGGCAAAUGGUGUCUGCAAGUGGCCUGGAUGUGAGAAGGUCUUCGAGGAGCCAGAGGAUUUCCUCAAGCACUGCCAGGCGGACCAUCUCCUAGAUGAGAAGGGCAGAGCACAGUGUCUCCUCCAGAGGGAGGUGGUGCAGUCUCUGGAACAGCAGCUGGUGCUGGAGAAGGAGAAGCUGGGUGCUAUGCAGGCCCACUUGGCUGGGAAGAUGACCCUGACCAAAGCUCCAUCCACGGCAUCAUCUGACAAAGGCUCCUGCUGCAUCGUAGCUGCUGGCACUCCUGCCACCACGGGCCCGGCCUGGUCCAGCCCCCAGGAGGCCCCUGAUGGCCUGUUUGCUGUGAGGAGGCACCUCUGGGGCAGCCAUGGAAACAGCACAUUCCCAGAGUUCUUCCACAACAUGGACUACUUCAAAUUCCACAACAUGCGCCCCCCCUUCACCUAUGCCACCCUCAUCCGCUGGGCCAUCCUGGAGGCUCCUGAGAAGCAGCGGACACUCAAUGAGAUCUACCACUGGUUCACACGCAUGUUUGCCUUCUUCAGGAACCACCCUGCCACCUGGAAGAAUGCCAUCCGCCACAAUCUGAGCCUGCACAAGUGCUUCGUGCGGGUGGAGAGUGAGAAGGGGGCCGUGUGGACCGUGGACGAAUUCGAGUUCCGCAAGAAGAGAAGCCAGAGGCCUAGCAGGAGUUCCAACCCCACACCUGGCCCCUAAACUCAAAGCAAAGGAAAGGAGGAAGGAAGGACAGGGGCCGAACGAGGGGUGGUGGUGGGAUGGAAGUGGCCAGGGGCAGGGACUACGGACCCUGGAUAUGCCUACAGGGACCACAAAGUGAGGUGUACAGGGACCCUGAUCCUCAGCUGACCACCCUCUUUAGGUCAAAUGCUCUGUACCCAGGCUGCUCAGAGGGGCCCCAGCCCCAGCUCCCAUCCCAGCUUCCUGCAACACACUCCUUAGCCAAACUGAGCCUUCACAAACAACCACACAUCCAGCCUGCCUCAGUCAUUCUCACAGAUGACCCCGGGGCUGGAAAAGACACAUGCAUGGUCACAAUCCAGUCCCUUAGAUGCAGUACAAACACCAGAACACAAAGAGCCUGCCUCCGUACACUCAGACAACCUCAGGCCUGCAAUGAGGCAGACGAUCGCACCCUAGCACAGCCUUGUCAGCCCCCAUACCCCAAAGCACCCACCCACAGCCAUCCCCAGGCCCACAGGUGCAGUGUCACAGGAGAUGUGCCCAGGGACCCGCACAGAAGCAGCCUUGGUACCUUCAGGAUCUCAGGUCCCAAAGAGCCACACAAACACAUCCCAGCUGUGCACAUUCUCACACAGCUCCCAAAACAUCAGCUUGGUCACAUGGCCCACCAGAAUAUACCUGUGCAUCUCAUGGGCAUGCACAUGCACUUGGCACCCCAGUGGGUCUCCUGCGUCCCACAUGGGCUUUCACAGCCAUACACACUGAAUCACCA